UCUCGGAGGAGCGCUGCGGCGAGAUGCUCUUGCGUUCCUCCCCCUCUUCCACAGACACCUGCUGAAAAUUUCAGUUUUGGAGAGCAUUGCAAUAGACAUGACAAUAGAUACAUGAUUGACUAUGCAUGGAUUUACUGGUGAGUGUGCCAACAUUUCUUUCUGUGUCUGGGAAUUUUUCGCGUUAGCGAGCGGACUAGAAAACUGUUUUGUGAUUGUGAGAAGCCUGUUUCUGUUUGAUUGCAAUGUGAUGCAGAUGUGGUGAAGUCAGUGAUGGAGGGAGAUUCAGUCACUCUACACACUUUUCAUGAUGAAAGGAUGGAUAAUGAUCGGAUUCAGUGGUGGUUUGAAAAUAAAAAUACAUUAAUAGCUGAAAUGAACGUAACAGCCAGCAGUGUCACUGUAAAUGAUAAUUAUGACCGGAGAUUCAGGCGGAGACUGAAGGUGGAUCUUCAAACUGGAUGUUUAACCAUCACAAACAUCAGAACUGAACAUGCUGGACUUUAUGGCGUACAGAGCAACCGUAUGAGAAAAAACAUCAUUGUCAAUGUCAGUGCUCGUCUGCCUAUUCCUGUCAUCAGCAGAAACUCUUCACAAUGUUCAUCAUCAUCAUCAUCAUCAUCAUCAUCAUCAAACUGUUCACUGGUGUGUUCAGUGGUGAAUGUGAGUCAUGUGACUCUCUCCUGGUACAAAAGAAACAGUUUAUUGUCCAGCAUCAGUGUGUCUGAUCUCAGCAUCAGUCUCUCUCUACCUCUGGAGGUGGAAUAUCAGGAGAAAAACAGCUACAGCUGUGUGAUCAACAAUCCCAUCUGCAAGCAGACUCAACAUCUGGACAUCAGCAAACUCUGUCAACCAUGUUCAGACUCUGAACACUGUUGUGGUUCUACUGAAGCUGUGAUCCGAUUGGUCCUCUCUGCUUUGGUGGGCGUGGCUACUGUAAUUUUUCUGGUUUAUGACAUCAGAUCCAGAAGAGCUGAACAAGAUCAUGCAUGUAUUCCAGCGUCACAAACCUAAAUUCGCAUGUCAUUAAUUGUAUAACAAUUUUGUGUAUCAUUUUUUUAUUAUUUUAAUACAAAUGCUUUUGUACUAUGCUUUUGCUGUUUAAUUAUUAGCAAAUCAUUUUCAGUCUAAAAUAUUAUUAAUAGUAACAUUCGCGUAUAUGAUCAAAUACCAUGAUUCAUCAAUAUUACAAUGCCUUUUUUUACAAUCUUAAUUGUAUUACAACAUUAGCUUUCAUAUUUUCUGGGUCUGUAUAGCACUUUAAAUUGUACCUUGUAGUUUUAUUUUAUACGGAUCAGACGGCUUUAAUACUGAAGCUCUUCAACUGGCAGAACAUGAAAACAAGAAAACAGAAGUGCUAUCGCAUUAUUAUCAUUUCCGUAAAAUCUAGUUUAAAUGCUUUAUUGUUUAUGUGUAUAUAUAUAUAUAUAUAU